GUGACUUGUUCUGGAGCUGCUGCAACUGCCUGACUCAGGGAUGCAGGGACUGACAUUGGAAAUGAGAGGGAAAUCAAGCUCUGUUUCAUCCCGGUUAAUGACAGUAAAUUAAUAGAAGAUGGAAGAGGCUGAAAGCAGAUCUAAAUCAUCUUCAGGAUUCCUUCCAGAAUGGAGUUUGGCCUUCUGGACUCUGUGUUCAGUGAUGGUACCAGUCAUGAUCACCUUGUGGUGCAGUUUUCGGCGAUCUCGGAGGCAAGGACUUCUGCAGGAUAUCUUACAUAAAAGCAAGCAUGAUUGGCAAGAUAUAGACUUCUUUAGCCAGCCUACCUAUUGCUGUGUCUGCACUCAGCAUAUUAUCCAGGGAGCUUUCUGCAACUGCUGCGGGCUGUGUGUUGAUGAAGAAUGCCUGAAGAAAGCUGAUGGUUAUUUCCUAUGCAAGGAAAUUGUGCCAAGAAGCCAAGAUGGGAGAUCGGCUUCUAUGAUGCACCAUUGGAUCCGAGGCAAUGUUCCACUGUGUAGCUACUGUGUGGUGUGCAAACUACAAUGUGGUACACAACCCAAGCUCUGUGAUUACAGGUGUAUUUGGUGCCAGCAAACUGUACAUGAUGACUGUAUGCAGAAUUCUUUGAAGAAUGGGAAGUGUGAAUUGGGAGAGUUUCGCAACCUCAUUAUCCCCCCAACUUACUUGCUCAAAGUCUGUCAGAUGCGUAAAAGUAAACACAUGAAUGACUACAAGCUAUCUGAGUCUUGUGGGGAAAAUUGGACCCCGGUAAUAAUUCUGCUCAAUACUCGGAGUGGAAACAAUAUGGGGGAAACGCUGAUAGGGCAAUUCAAGAUCUUAUUAAAUCCAAUUCAGGUAUUUGACCUAACCAAAACAGCUCCGGCAAAAGCACUCCAGCUUUGCACCUGGCUACCUAGCAAUUCUGCCAGAGUCCUUGUUUGUGGUGGAGAUGGCACGGUGGGUUGGGUCCUGGAUGCAAUUGAUGGCAUGAAAAUAAAGGGACAGGAAAGGUAUGUCCCUCGGGUUGCAAUUUUACCCCUUGGCACAGGUAAUGAUCUAUCAAAUACCCUCGGCUGGGGCGCUGGCUAUGCCGGGGAAGUUCCAGCGGAGCAGAUUCUACAUAACAUUAUGGAUGCAGAUGAAAUCCGGUUGGACAGGUGGAAGGUUCAGGUAAUAAACAAAGGAUACUACAAUUUAAGAAAAUUGAAGGUAUUCACAAUGAAUAACUAUUUUUCGGUAGGGCCAGAUGCCCUCAUGGCUUUAAACUUCCAUGCGCACCGUGAGAAGACUCCAUCUCUUUUUACUAGCAGGAUUAUCAACAAGGCUGUGUAUUUUUUUUAUGGAACCAAAGAUUGCUUAGUUCAGGAAUGUAAGGAUCUAAACAAAAAGAUUGAGCUAGAGUUGGAUGGAGAGAAGAUCGACUUGCCCAGUUUGGAGGGGAUCAUAGUGCUAAAUAUUGCCUACUGGGGAGGUGGCUGUCGGCUAUGGGAAGGAAUGGGGGAUGAACUUUAUCCUCCAGCAAGGCAUGAUGAUGGACUGCUGGAAGUCGUUGGAGUCAAUGGCUCAUUUCACUGUGCACAAAUUCAAGUGAAGCUUGCAAAUCCUGUCCGGUUGGGACAGGCCCAUACAGUACGGUUGAUCUUGAAGAACUCAAAGAUGCCAAUGCAGGUGGAUGGGGAACCCUGGGCACAAGGCCCUUGCACCAUCACUAUUACUCACAAGACCCACGCGCUGAUGCUCUAUCACUCAGGUGAACAGACAGACGACGACGUGUCCAGUGCGUCUGAACAGGAGCCAACAAAAGAUCAAAUGGAUGAAGACACAUAGGUCUUGAUCCAGGUUUGGCCUGCUAACUAGUAAUGGUAGUUCAGCAUGGCUUUUGCUGAAGAAAACCUUGCACUACGAUCCUGGCUCUCACAAAGGCUGUACCAUCCCUGCUUUUACGAACGGCACAGGAAUAAUAAAAAGCUAGACUUUUGAGGUGUAUCCCAAAAUCUGGGCCAAGUUCAGCAGUCAUUCCUGCUUUGAUAUAUAUAUAUAUAUAUAGCAUCAAGAAGCAGGGUGGAGGAACUUUUCAUGGUAACUGUUAACUGAUUACUCUUUUUAGUAGUCCCUGAAAAAGUAUGUAUAGUCCUGUGUAAUAGUAAUCGUUACCAGGUUUGUAAUUUGAGGCUUGAAGGCAGUUCUUCCAUUAACUGCACAAAGCCAUUUAUGGGGGCGUUCAAAUACCAUCCUCGGGCAGACAUAGCACUGCCUGAUUAGGAAUAUUAUAUGGAGUCAGCUGCUCCUUUUCUCUCCCUUCCUCACCUCUUUUGUAAUGCAUUCCUCCUUUUUUCUUCCAAACCAUAACAUGGUGUGGUGCCAGGACCAUUAUUUUUUGCUCUCUCUCUUGAAAAAUGGAAGGGUGAAAAAUGGGGAAAAUUUGUAUGAGAAAAGAAAUCUUCAUAAGGUUACAGAGCUCUCCUAUGGGCAAAAACUAUCUCUGCAUUAGAUUCACAGUCAGCUUUGAGUUCAGUUUUGUUGAAUAAGUAGUAGUAUUGGUGACAAACAUGCUGCAGACCACGCUGGUUAAUAUUCUUACCUUUUUUGCGAUCCUGAAUAGAGGGAGGGCUAGAUUUGUAUGCUGCCUAUCCAGUCAAUACUGAUAACAUAUUUGGAGUUCUCAUAGGAAAAUGUUUGUUGUUUGGAAUAUUAAUCUUGCUUCCAUACUAGCUGUUUUAGAGAGUGGGGGUUUUUUUUGUUUUUUUUUUACAAUGUGCUUUGUUUCUAAUGUCUGUUACACUGAUUUAUUUAUAGAAAUGGCAAUUCUAAUUAGGACUCCUCAAUUAACUGUUACAACUUUGGAGAUUACUUUUAGAUUCAUUUUAUAGGAAACGCAGGCUGCUGCCAGAAUGCAAAAUGUAAGGAAGUUAGCAAAGACCUUGCAUGAUCUUACAGGAAUUUAGAUAAGAACAAAGAUACACUGUGAUUUCAGCAUUGUUGUUUUAGCACUUUGAGGUGUAUCUAUUCUAGAUGAUUUUUGUGGUAUUCCAGCUGUUUGUAUUACUGUGUUUUUAAUAUUUUGGCACUUCCAACUGGAAACAACAAACUUGCCGCGUCCCGAUAACCCCAAAAAUUGCUAGCUUUUUGACGGUCUGGAUAUUUGAAUGAGAAUAGGGAGAUCAUUUUUAUUAAUUUCACCCUUAAUCCUCCAGUAUAGUAACUGCAUUAUUCCGGGGGGGGGGGGG